AUGUCUGAUCCUAUCGAAGAACAGAUUUCCAGCUCGAUUUCUAGUGCAUCGGAGCUACUUCCGAUCUCAUCUGAUGCGAGCAAUGUAAAGACUGAGUCGGGGUGUCCAAUUUGCUAUGAAGCAUAUUCCCAAUAUCGAGUCAAAGUGCCGCUGGAAAUUUGUAAGCACAACAUUUGCCAAAUCUGUUAUAGGUUUCUACUCGCCACUCCAGCUUCUGAUGAUAACACCGCUAAAUGUCCGCUAUGUCGAGAAUCCGUUGGUGAGCCUUUGGCCACAUCCUCAAAAACUGACGACCAUGCGGAGUGGAGACCCCAGUUGGUCGCUCAGUAUAAAACUGCCCAAGACUUUUUUUCUGAUUACCGGUUUCCUCACGUAUCAAACAGCGAGGAGAAUUUGGUGGGCUUUUCUAGUUCUGGCUGGAACGUACUUGAGUCAGGCCACUCAUGUGAUAUUAGUCAGUACACUGGCUGGCUUACAGAAGUAACGAAAGUUAACAGACUAUGCUCCAAGAGGGGAAUGCGCAAUAUCCCUGAUGGUAUAAGCCCGACUUGUAAGCAAGCGGACUUUGAGUCACUAUCGAAGAACCUCCGCGAUGUGGUUGAUGAGAUGAUUGGUAAUUAUCUCAGUGGCUCAGAGACUAGCGUGAUGGUUCUUGAACCAGAUAUACAUCUUUGUUCAGCGCCAAUUCGAAGGAACAUUACUGAGCAGCCACGAUGGAUUCACACUUUCAUCAAGCAAUCAAUAGUAGUGAGGAGUGAGUCUACAGAAGAGUUCAGACAAGUUGAUUCAGUAACAUGGACGCUGAAGAUGACCCAACACUGCCAAUGGGACCCGCCCGAGGAAGAGGCUAGCAUUCCUGCUUCUCUUUCAGACUGGAGAGAGAAAUUUUUGGUAGAUAUUCGAACCCAGAUCUACAUAGCACUCCCUAACCCUCAUAUUCAAAAUUCGGAACAGUUGAAAGACUUCCUUAUUUCUUCUGGGUUUAAUUUGUAUGGUACAACCCUAGGGCAAUCUCCAAGAGAGGACUACGCUCGUGCCGCUCUUUCUAAAUACCCAAGAAGUGCAGGUGUUCUGCUUUCAUUGGCCGAUAAGUAUGAUAGUGUUUUAGCCUUGCCUCGGGGCCUCCGUCAAAGGUUUACCCAGGACACAUGGUGCUCUCCACUCUAUCGCUCAUUGAAAAAUAUGGAGCGUUUAACAUUUUAA